AUGGUAGAGAAGAAAGCACCAAAGACCAUUAAGAAAACAGAUUGUUGGUUUCUAUUUGAGCUCGCAAAGGAUCUCCAUCCUCUCCAGAAGAGAAGAAGAAACAAGAAAAAGCGCCUGGUGCAGAGCCCCAAUUCCUACUUCAUGGAUGUAAAAUGCCCAGGAUGCUAUAAGAUCACCAUGGUCUCUAGCCAUGCGCAAACAGUAGUCUUGUGUGUCGGCUGCUCCACUGUCCUGUGUCAGCCUACAGGAGGAAAAAUAAGGCUGCCAGAAGGAUGCUCCUUCAGGAGGAAGAAGCACUGA